UCUACUGGAGUGAGAGGUUCAACUCCGGAGAAAACGCCAAGGAAACUAGCAAGGACCACACCCCCCCUCCCCACAAAAAAAAAAAUCACAUUUUGUCAUUGGAUCCAUACUACUGCCCGGGAGUUGGAUUAAAUUGAGACAAACAUUUUGUUGUUGGUUUAAUUCUCUUUGAAAAACACCGAAUAACGAUGGGUUCCCAAGCGUCCAAGGGAGGGGUAGCUGUGGAGGCGAACGCUGCGGAUGCCGCCACGGUCAAACCGAAUGGACAGGAGAACGGCCAUGUCAAGUCCAAUGGGGAUGCCACAGACACGGCCGCACCAAAUGGUUCUGCCGACGCCAAGGAGCCUGAAGCGGGUGCUGGAGGGGACGCCAUUGAGCCGGCGCCCGAUGGUGAGGCCGCCAAACCAGAAGGUGAGGCCGCUGCCAAGGAUAUCUCCAAGAAGAAGAAGACUUUCUUCCUGAAGAAAUCUUUCAACUUCAAGGGCCUGAAACUGAAGAAGACCAAGAAGGAGGAGUUGAAGGAGGAGGAGGAGAAACCUGCAGAGAACGGAGCCGCUGUGGCUACGGAGGAGAAGAAAGCAGAGGAGGAGGAGGAGGUUGUGGCGGCUGCUGCAGAUGCCCCUAAGGCCGAGGAGGCGCAUGCUAAAGCAGAGGAGGCACCUAAGGAGGAGGAGGAGGAGGAGGUAAAGGAGGCGGCUGCACCUGCCCCAGAGCCCACCAAACCAACAGAGGAGACCAGCUCGACCCCUGCGGCAGUUAUCCCCUCCCAACAGAAUGCAGAGUGAUUGUAUCUUCACCGACAACAAAGGACUGUUUUUCAAGAGAGAGAGAGAAAAUAGUUAUAAAUAUAUAUUUCUAUAUAUAUGUCUAUAUGUAUACAUAUGUAUGGAUAUAUGUAUAUGUAAAUAUAUACACAUUUAUGUGAGACUCCAUUGUGUCACUUUUGUCAUUGUAACAAGAUGACAGACUAGAUUCACUAGUUCACUUCCCUGGUUACGGCGAGACAGGGUCAAACCUGGUGGUAUUAUGUGCUGGUUGCUAUGGGAACAAUGGGAUUUAUUGGACAGCGAAGUGGAACACAGUUAUGGAUGGGAGUCGAGUUGACCCGUCUUUUCCCUAAAACACCCGACUCAAAAAAGAGGCGUCCACGUGUAGGAAUGAACAGGACAGGACACCAAACCCAACCACCACAUGAAAUGACUAUUCAUCCAUUUUUAGAAAAACAACAAGAAGAAAUCAGAAAUUGAAAAAAAAAAGAAAAGAGAGACUUGCCAACUUUCUACAUUCCUAUAUUUUCACCCCAAAUUUGAAGUAUUUUGUGGUGUACCUUUUUAGAGAACCAAUUUUAAAGAUUUAGAGAAGCUGUGUUUUGUUUUGUUUUUAAAGAAGAAACAUAAGAAGCCAACUUCUUAGAUUUUUAUCUUAGUGGGGGUUUAAAAAAAAAACAACAACAAAAAAAACGCUCUUCCUUUCUUUCUCUUGAGUUUGAUAUGUUCAGUGUUGCAUUUUUAAAAGGAAGCAAGAGUUGUUCAUCUGUCUGGUGUGUGUAAAAGCCUGACUCUACUUUAAUGUCUCUGUAAAUACGUUGGGACUGAUACUGUUCUUUAUUUUGCUAAUGUUGACAGAUGUUAUGGUUUUUAUUGUAAAGUUGACAAUGGUAAAUAAAUGUUGGUUACCAAUA